UUGAGUUUCAGCCUCGAAAAACCUAUCUUUCUCUCUCUUCCAUUUCUCUCUCUAAACGAUUUUGCAAUUCAAUAGCAAUCUCUCCAUCGUCAUCGUGGUCAUCAUCAUCAUCUUCGUCUUCUUCUUCUUUAACGUUUCCUUCUCCGAAACACCCAGGCCAGUUGCUUUUCUAAGGAAAUGUCUCCUUCAUCCCGAUCCAAGUCUAAAGACAAAAAGCCAACCAAGGAAGCUCAGAAGGCUUCUGCAAAGCCAUCAGGGUCUGGUAAUGGAGUAGCUGGCAUUCCAGCAAGUGCAUACAACCCAUUACUAGGAACGUUUCAUACUCUUGAAACCUCAGCAGCAUCUACCUCCCCAAUACAUUCAAAUGGUCGAUUCCGGAACAUAGAUGAGACAGAGGGACAUCCCAUUGGGUCUGUUGUUUCGGGUGUUGAGUAUGAUUCUGUUUCCAACAAUGGUAGUUGGUCCGGUGAGUCUGAAGACCAUAAAGAAAAAGGUUCUAAUCCCCCUGUUCGACCAGAAACAGUACCGGGAGCUGAUAAUGAUAAGCGAGAGAAAAUCCGCCAGAAGAAUGAGAGAAAACAUCAGCGCCAGAAGGAAAGGCGAGCGCAAGAGUUGCAUGAGCGAUGUAGUGGUUAUCUUAUGUCCAGGAAGCUAGAGUCGCUUGCUCAACAGCUUGUGGCAAUGGGAUUUUCUCACGAACGGGCAACAAUGGCAUUGAUACUGAAUGAGGGAAGGGUGGAGGAAUCAGUAGCAUGGCUGUUUGAAGGUGGUGAAGAAACAGAAAGUCAGAAGGAUAAAAAUGUAGGUACGGGCAAUUUGAAAAUUGACAUCUCAGAAGAGCUUGCCCGGCUUGCAGACCUGGAAACAAGAUAUGAUUGUUCAAAACAGGAGGUUGAAAGAGUGGUUGUUAACUGUGAGGGUGAUCUUGAUAAGGCUGCAGAGUCCUUAAGAGAGAUGAAGCAAAAUCAUCCAUCUGCUCCACCAAAGUUAGAAGAACCUGGUGAUCCCCUUAUUACUAGCAAUGGUAAGCAGUCAGGAGUUGUGAGUCCAAGGCUACAAACGAAACCUGUUCCCCCGCCGAAUCAACCUAAAAAAGAUGAAAAGGAUUUUAACUAUACAAAGGGAGCUGCUACAUUAGGAGUACCGUCAGAAUCCAAUAACAGAAAUAUACAGCCUCUUAAGAGAAUACAACCCAAGUCUGAAUGGGCAAAGCCCCAACAAGCUACCACACCAGCUGCUGAUAAAAGGUGGCCAGGUGCAGGAUCUAAUCCAUCUGUUUCUUAUUCAUCGGAACCGCCUUUGCAAACUUCUCCCCCACUUUCCAAGACUGAAGCUCGUUAUAUGGCUGUUGGAGGUGAUUUUAAGAACCUUCAGUCCAGUGCAGCUAGGGAACCAGUAAUUGUGAUGCAGCGGUCCCAAACUGUAAAUGCAAAGCAGGUUCCAGCCACAAGCAUGAGUUCCUCUCCCCCUGGUAUGUCUGCUAGUUGGUAUCCAAGCAAUGGUGUAGAAGCUAUGCGGUCUAAUGGCUUUAUAUCUCACCCUCCUACCAGUAGAAGCCUUAGUCCAAACUUCCUCAAUUCUAAUCAAAUGUAUCACCAACUUCAGUAUCAUCCUCCACAACAGUUUGUUGCAGCCAGCAGCAAUUCAGUAGAUGCCCAGGCAACCAAUCGAGGGAAUAACAUGUGGAAUAGAGCAGGUCCAUCAUCAUCGCUAGCUGUUGCUUCUUCGCUAGGCCUCUUUUCCGGACUAGGAUCAGCAGCCACAUCAGGGGCGUCUUCUCCGGUAGACUGGAGCACUGGCGGAUCAAUGCAGUUUGAUUAUACGUGCAUAGACUGGUCGUUGGAUAGAAAUUUAACUUCACCAAGGUCGCAUUCUUUGUGGCUAGGGCUCUCACCUUUUUCAAAGAGUAGUGCUAGUCAUAGGUACGACUCUAAUGCUUCUGGAGUGGUUGCUCAACAGGCAAUGAGAUCAGUGCAAUCAAAAGGAAGCAUUGUUCCUAUGCCGGGUUUUCAUGAAGGCGGAGUAGCUUCUGGUGAAUCAUCGUCUGCUGGCCGAGAAUGGAGUUCUCCUUUUGAAGGGAAAGAUCUUUUUAGUUUACCCAGACAGUUUGUUUCUUCCCCUUCUCUGUAGUGUUAGGAGAGAAAAAUCAAAUGAGAAUAAUAAUGAAAGACUGAAAAUGUGCAUGGAUUUGAUGUUGGUUCUUAAUGAUCAUACAGUUGAUGAUUGUUGGUGGUAAA